GUAGGCAGGCCCCCGGGCUGCAGCGCUGACCUCUCCCCGCUCCCAGACUUCCUCCCCUUGAAGUGCGAUGCCUGCGAGCAGAUCUUCUGCACCGACCACAUCGCUUACGCCCAGCACGACUGCACCUCUGCCUACAAGAAGGAUGUGCAGGUCCCUGUGUGUCCCCUCUGCAACACCCCGGUCCCCGUGAGGCGGGGGGAGAUGCCCGAUGUUGUGGUGGGUGAGCACAUUGACCGUGACUGCAAGUCCGACCCCGCACAGCGCAAGCGCAAGAUCUUCACCAACAAGUGUCUGAAGCCUGGCUGCAAGCAGAAGGAGAUGAUGAAGGUGAUCUGUGACCAGUGCCACAAGAACUACUGCCUCAAGCACCGGCACCCCCUGGACCAUGACUGCAGUGGGGCAGGGCGUCCCCUCUCCAAAGCAGGGCACGCUGCGGUCGCGAGAGCACAGGCGUCCUCCUCCAAAACAGUCACCGCAUCGAGCAGUGGAGCUGCCCGGCCAGCAGACAGCCCCUCUUCUCCAGCCCCCGCCAGAGGAGGCAGAGCAGCUGCAGCUCGCAGCACCUCCCCUCCAGCUGUCAUGCUGCAGAAUGGGCUGAGUGAGGAAGAGGCACUGCAGCGAGCUCUGGAGAUGUCCCUGGCAGAGUCAGCACGCAACUCAGCACAGACACCCAGCACGCAGGAGGAGGAGGAUCUGGCCCUGGCCCAGGCGCUGUCAGCGAGCGAAGCCGAGUACCAGCAGUCGCAGCGGCAGGCGCAGGGCUCGAAGCCAUCCAACUGCAGCAUGUCGUAG